AUGAUUUUUCAGAUGGGGAUAAAAAGAUUCAUAUAUCUUAAGCUAUUUGCCCAAAAUACCACAUUGUAUACAUUACAAAUAAAGGAAUAGCAGAGUUUGCAUCAAGAAACAUAUAUCUCUAGGGAUGUUUUCAUGUAUAAAGACAAAAAAAUUCCACUGUGAUCAAUUAUGUAUCUAUUGAAAACCUGUUUAGUAUGUUGAUUGUUCCAUCCUGGACCAUCUAUAUGCAUGAGUUUUCAUAAGAUAAUGUUUUGAAGGAGAGGGUUCAAAUGUAUUCAUGUUUUUUUUUUAGGAAAGUGAAAAAGACAAGGUUUAAGAAGAGUACAAUCAAUAUCCAUGUACCUAACACCUAAAGGGUUAACAUAUUAUUCAUUUUUGUUUCAUCUAUCUACCCAUGUAUCCAUCAAUUUAUCUAAUAUGUAUCUGUGUGUGUAAAAUUUGUAGGAGUUGGGUAUGUAUUCAAAUAUCCUAAGUGGAACGUUUGGAUUUAUACUCUUCAUACUGGGUUUGCAUACUAUAAAUCUACCAGAUGAUGUUAUAUAAAAGCUAUUGAUGAUGGUGAUUUCUCCGUUUAGAAUAGGUUUCCUGAUAGACCUAGAUGGACAAACACAAUCUAACAGUGCUGAACAAAUUCAUUCUGACGGGAAUCACAAACCGCCCAGAGCUGCAGGCCCCAUUGUUCGGGCUGUUUCUCACCAUCUACAUGAUAUCAGCGGUGGGCAACUUGGGCAUCAUCAUCCUCACCAAGAUGGACUCCGAGCUACAAACUCCCAUGUACUUUUUUCUCAGACACCUGGCUAUCACUGAUCUUGGUUAUUCAACAGCUGUAGGACCAAAAAUGUUGGCACAUUUUGUUGUAGAUGAAAAUACAAUCCCCUAUUAUUUUUGUGCUACACAGCUAGUUUUCUUUCUGAUAUUCAUAACUACUGAAUUUUUUAUUCUGUCAGCAAUGUCCUACGACCGCUAUGUGGCUAUCUGUAACCCUUUGUGCUACACAGUCAUCAUGUCACAAAGGAUGUGUUCUGUGCUGGUGGCAAUCCCUUAUCUCUACAGCACAUUUAUUUCUCUUCUAGUCACCAUAAAGAUUUUUAAUUUAUCCUUCUGUGGCUACACUGUCAUCAGGCAUUUCUACUGUGACAUUCUCCCCUUGUUAUCUUUGCUCUGCUCAGACACACAUGAAAUCAAAUUGGUCAUUCUUAUUUUAUCAGUUUUUGAUUUGAUUUCAUCCCUCUUAAUAGUUUUUCUUUCAUACAUACUCAUAGUUGCUUCCAUUCUCAGACUGAAGUCAGUUGAGGGCAGGCACAAAGCCUUCUCCACCUGUGGAUCCCACCUGACUGUGCUGGUAGUGUUCUAUGGGACUUUAAUCUUUAUGUACCUGCAGCCCAAGCCCAGUCAUUCCUUUGACACCAAUAAAGUGGCUUCCAUAUUUUACACCCUGGUAAUCCCCAUGUUGAAUCCCUUGAUCUACAGUUUGAGGAAUAGAGAAGUAAAAUGUGCCUUACAUAGGGCUUUAGGACGAUUAUGCAAUAUAUUUUCUCAAAGUUCACUCUAACAUAUGAUUCAUAUAAAGUACAUUUGGGCUUUAAACUUUUUUCUGUGUGCCUCCAAAGGGAGUAGCAAGCACAAAAAAACACAGAUAAGUUCAACAUAUAUUUCUAUAUUGCCUUGUAC